GCCGAAAGGCAACGGAAGGGGCAUCCCCUGAACCAGUGGGCCUGAGCAGGACCCCACGGCCCUCGUUUAGGAUCCGCCUCUGCCUGAGGCCGGAAGGUGUGCUGGGUCGGGCGGAGGCCGGGCCGGGCGCCGGCCGCGCGGUGAAGCCAGGAGGGGGUUAACGCUAACCCCUCCCCUCGGCCUGACAUCACCGGGCGAGCGGGGGAGAGACUGACGCUGGGAGAGUGAGAGAAAGAGAGCUAAAGGAGCGAGCGCGGCUCCACUCCGUGCCCGGGCAGCUCUACAUUGUUGCAGAUCGCUGGGAUCCCGCGGAGCGGCGGCGGCGGGGACGCGCCGCGUAGCCGACUGGCUCCCCUUGCGCAGAGCCUCCGAGCCCGCGCCGCCCCGGCAGCUGGCCGCAGAGCCCCACGCCUACAGCCUGGGCCCCGAGCCCACCGUGCCGCCCGCCCGCCGCCUGGGCGCCUCCCGCCACCCUCGGAGGACCGCCGGCCAUGGACGCCUGCAUGCUGGAGCCCAGCGGGAGGGUGUGAGCGCGCCGGGGCCGGGAGCCCGCACAGUCGGGCAGCCGGGCGCGCCGGGGGUGGGUCCCUCUCUCCAGCCCAGUUCUGCGUGGAAGAAGAGGGCGGGGACCGGCGCGAGGAGGAAAGCGGAGGAGAAGGGGGCAUGACUCGUGCAACUUGCGGCGGGCAUCUGCCUAGCCUCUAAGCUGCUGGCGGCCGGGGGCCGGGAUUGCGGCCGCGCGGAGCCCACCCAGCCCACCCCGCCCCGGCCGACUGCUGCGGCUGACCUGGAUCCUCCGAGCGCGCGCUGGCCGGCAGUGAUCUGCCUUCGUCUUCCCGCUGGUUUUGGGGAAGCUAGGAGCGCUUUCCUCGCGGCAGCUCUCGCCGGACCCCAGGACCCAGAUGGCUCGGAUGGGGCUUGCGGGUGCGGCUGGACGCUGGUGGGGACUCGCUCUGGGCUUGACCGCAUUCUUCCUCCCAGGUACCCACACACAGGUGGUCCAGGUGAACGACUCCAUGUAUGGUUUCAUCGGCACGGAUGUGGUGCUGCACUGCAAUUUCGCCAACCCACUGCCUGGCGUGAAGAUCACCCAGGUCACAUGGCAGAAGUCCACCAAUGGCUCCAAGCAGAAUGUGGCCAUCUACAACCCAGCCAUGGGUGUCUCGGUGCUGGCUCCCUACAGAGAGCGCGUGGAAUUCCUUCAGCCCUCUUUCACGGAUGGUACCAUCCGCCUCUCCCAUCUGGAGCUGGAAGAUGAGGGUGUCUACAUCUGUGAGUUUGCCACCUUCCCUGCUGGCAAUCGAGAGAGCCAGCUCAAUCUCACUGUGAUGGCCAAACCCACCAACUGGAUAGAAGGCACCCAGGCAGUGCUUCGAGCCAAGAAGGGACACGAUGAUAAGGUCCUGGUGGCCACCUGCACCUCUGCCAAUGGGAAGCCACCCAGUGUGGUAUCCUGGGAAACACGACUGAAGGGUGAGGCGGAGUUCCAGGAGAUCCGGAACCCCAAUGGCACAGUGACUGUCAUCAGCCGCUACCGCCUGGUGCCCAGCCGGGAAGCCCACCAGCAGUCCCUGGCCUGCAUAGUCAACUACCAUAUGGACCGCUUCCGGGAAAGUAUCACCGUCAGUGUGCAGUACGAGCCCGAGGUGACCAUCGAGGGGUUUGAUGGGAAUUGGUACCUGCAGCGGAUGGAUGUAAAGCUCACGUGCAAAGCUGACGCUAAUCCCCCAGCCACCGAGUACCACUGGACCACGCUGAAUGGCUCUCUCCCCAAGGGCGUGGAGGCCCAGAACAGAACCCUCUUCUUCAGGGGACCUAUCAACUAUAGCCUGGCAGGGACCUACAUCUGCGAAGCCACCAACCCCAUUGGCACUCGCUCAGGCCAGGUGGAGGUCAAUAUCACAGCUACAGCUCUUGAGACUCCGCUCCUGGCACAAAGACAAGAGCUACUGGCUGAAUGUGACAGCUGGAAGGACAGAAGGGGAGGAGGUGGGUGCUGCAUUCCACCCCAAAUACCCUCCUCUGCUUAUGAAUUAAUUAGGUCCCUGUAUCUACUCCUUUCUUUUGUACCCUCACUUGGCAUCUUCACUCUGAAGUCUGCAGUGCUGGAAGGUCAUCUUAGCCAUUCUUCUGCCUUUACACAAGCCUGACCCUAAAGUAGCCAAAACAACCUGGGUUCCUUUUGUCCCAAAAUAUCCCCAGGGUAGACUAAACCUCCUUAGGACUAGGGGGAAAAGUAAGUUAAACAGGAGGUCCUCGAAGGGAAAGAGGCCCAGUAUCAUCUAUCCCCAAGCCAUCGCUCCACUCCACUCCUGUCCCCUGCUCCAAUGAAAUGAGGUCCCCAAUGCAUGCAUUUAUUUAAGUGUCUCACAAAUAUUUGCUCUGCCUAAAGCAAGGCUCACCUCUAAGGCAUAGCCUUGCCUUUAUAGAAUUCAUUCAACUAAUUCUUGAACUCCGGCCAUAUGCAGGGCAAUCUAGGUACUUGGGGAUACAUCAGUGAGCCAAACAAAGUCCCUGUCCCUGUGGAGCUUAUGUUUUAGCAUGGGGGGACAGACAACAAGCAGUAGAUAAAAUACAUUUGAAAAAUAGUGUCGUCAUUUUGAAGGUGAUAUGGAGAAGAGAAGAAGAAGAUAGUAAGGGGGUCCCAAGUUCUGUGGGUAGGGGGUUCAUGAGCUGCAAUUUUAAAUAGGGUAAUCAGGGAAGACCUUGGUGAGGAGGGGACAUUUGUGCGAAGCCCCGAAGGAGGUGAGGGAGUAACCAUGGGACACCUGGAGGCAGAGCCUUCCAGGGUUACAGAGCAGCCACUGCAAAGGCCUUGAGAAUGCCUGGGGUGGAGAAUAGCAAGAGAUGAAGUCAGAGGUGGGGGCAGAGGCACAGAUCACAUGGAGCAUUUAAGCUCCCCAGAUUUAACAGGAUCUCUGUGGCUGUUGUGUUGAAAAUAGCCUAUAGAUAGAGGAAAAGAGUGGAAUCAGGGAAGCCAGUUAGGCAGCUAUUGCAAUAAUCCAGGUGAGAGAUGUUGGUGGCUUAGAUCAGGGAGGUAGUAAUGGAGAUGGUGAUAAUUGGUCAGGUUCUAGAUUUACUUUGAAUUCGAGUAGUUUGGGAUACCAGCCACUCUCGUGAAACAUGUAAUACUGUAAACUCUACCAUACUGUGAUAAGUGGAGUCCAAGAAAUUCAAUCUCGUCGAAUAAAAUGUAGGAGAGCUUUAUUUUUCAUUGGGCCUCUGUCAUCACCAAAAGCAAGAAAGUAAGUGUAGUGGAACUUACAUUGUAUACAAUUGUAGCACACUAAAUCGAGUCAAUCCCAGUUGUCUGGAGGCCCCCAUUCCCUAAAAC